GGUGAGGUUCCACUUUGGACAUAUUCCUAUCCUAUAAUCAGCAUGUUCCAAAAUUUCCAGAAAUGAUUCAAUGUUUUUUCAAAGAACUGAUCCGGUUCAACAAUACAGAAGUGGCUCUUGAUCGAUCUUCUGCAAAUAUCUCCCCCCUCAAUCCCAGCCUUGUGAUCCUUGAAGACUGGACAUCUGUGCUGACUUAUGGAAAGGGGAAGCUAUAUAUCAUUCCAGCUGCCUUUUUUCUACUAGCUUUGCUUAUGGCCAGUCCCAUCAUCCUGCUGGCUAUCUUCUCCAACCAGAGUUUGUAUCAGGAAACAAGGUACAGACUACUCGCCAAUACUUUGAUCAGCGACUUGAUUUACUCUGUGGUCAAUCUAAUCAUCACAGCCACCAAUAUUGCACCGUUUCUGUUUCCAAAAAUAAUGUGUCAGAUUCUGUUGGGCUUCCUGACCAUGACAUACUACAAUGGUGUUUUGAAUAUAACAGCAAUGGUGGUCGAUCUCUAUUUGGCAGUAAACUGGCCCCUGCAUUAUAAUUCCCUUCUACCCCCGAGACGAGCCAUUAAGAUGAUACUCUGUAUAUGGGGACUGUCAGCCUUGACCCCGAUUGUGACCUAUAUAAUUAUGUCGGCCAAGGAGGAUUUAAUGUGUGCCGUACCAGUCUGCGUUAUUGACAUGAUCUUCUUCCUCCACCAAACAGAUCAAGCUCUCGGACAGUUCAACUACUUUGGUUUGGUGAUCAUGUUUUGCUCUUGUUUUGUGGUUAUUGUGGGCUGUUACUAUACUUUGUAUUGGAGGACUCGUCAUUCGGGGAUAUGGAAUGGAACAUCCUCGAGGGGCAGGCAGACCUUCUUAAUUCACUCACUCCUGUUUGUUUUUUAUCUGUUCCCAGUUAUAAUUCUAAUUACUGAAAAAAUUCUUCUCACCAAAAAAGUAAUGAAUUUCUUCUCAUUGAUAUAUGUCACUAUGACAAUGUCCAAUAUUGUUAUGAUGUUACCAAAAGCCUUAACCCCAUAUUUGUAUGGCUUGAGAUAUCGGGAUUUGGCGGCCACUAUUAAAUGUCUGAUUAAAUGGAAAACUAAGAUUAAUCCAACAAGCUGA